AAAAAUUCUAAAUCAUCACACCAACAACACAACUAACUUCUCCAAAACAACAUCUCUUUGACAUGUCAAACAAGAUUGGUGAGAGGUUAAACAAACCACAAGCAUGAAAGUUCUUCUGCAUAACAAGCUUUAGCACUUGCACCCUUAUAAAUACUAUACCCUACCUCUUAUCUCUCUCCACAACACCAGAAAUUAAUAUAGCACUUCUUCUUGAGCUUCAUAGUCAUGGCUUUCAACAAGGUGUUCCUUUUGGCCUUUCUUGUUGCACUGCUAUGCAAUGCAGGCCAUGCAGCUCGCCAUCUUCUUGAUACUCAGGCAGCAGCACCGGAGGCCACACCAACAAUGCCGACUAUACCAACUAUACCGACUAUACCGACAAUACCGACUAUUCCAACUAUUCCAACAACACAACUUCCUCCAUUGCCAUCUCUACCAAAGCCCACAAUACCAGGUUUAGUUAUUCCUACAAUGCCAACAGCUACAUUGCCUCCUAUUCCAUCUAUUCCAUUGCCAACCAUGCCUACCAUUCCACAAAGUCUUCCUCCAUUGCCUUCUAUUCCAACUAUUAUUCCUACUAUUCCUACUAUCCCUGGUCUUAAGAUGCCACCUUUGCCUUUCUUCUCCCCACCUCCUGCCACUACUAGUCCUUAAGAUGUCACCUUUAUUUGAAUGAUGUAAUAGAAUUUGUUGUUGUUUGAACUAUUGUUAUUCAGAAUUUCAGUAGCAUGUCAGAUCGAGAUUGGCUUGCAUUAAUUUGUUGUUCGAGUUAUAUACUAUUCACUGUGGUUGUAUUUGUGUUGUAACUAGUGUACUUAGACCUUCCCUAGCACGGGAUUUGAGUGUGUUCCAUUUAUUGUAAUAGUCUUACUCAUUUAUAAUAUUAUUCGAGUUUGGUUUUA